UUUGUUUUUUUACAUUCACAGGAGCGUCCCGGACCUCGACAGGAUGAUGGCCAUGGCGUUGUUUUCUUUCUCUAUCUCGCUCCUUGGUUUUAUGCCAGCUCCCAUUCUGUUCGGGUACGUCAUAGAUGGCACAUGCAAGAUCUGGAAGAGCACGUGCGGAAACCGUGGGGCGUGCCAGCUUUACGAUCUGCCCAGUCUCCGGUACUGGCUGAAGGGCUUGGAGUGUGGGUUCAGAAUCGUCGGCCUCUUGUUUUACAUAAUUGCCUACAUCGUCGCCAGGUACGUGCAGAGUAAGGACGACAGUGUGGAACUGAAGAUCAAGACCUAUAAAAAGACCGAAGACGAAAUUAAAGAAGAAGACAUAUUUACGAUUUCAAGACUCUAGCGUGUCGAAAUUAAAGAAGACAUAUUUACUAUUUCUAGACUCCAGCGUGUCGAAAUUAAAGAAGACAUAUUUACCAGUUCAAGACUACAGCGUGUCGAAAUUAAAGAAGACAUAUUUACCAUUUCAAGACUCUAGUGUGUGGAAAUUAAAGAAGAAGACAUAUUUACCAUUUUAAGACUUUAGCGUGUGGAAAUUAAAGAAGACAUAUUUACCAUUUCAAGACUCUAGCGUGUCGAAAUUAAAGAAGAAGACACAUUUAUCAUUUCAAGACUACAGCAUGUCGAAAUUAAAGAAUAAGACAUAUUUACUAUUUCUAGACUCUAGCGUGUCGAAAUUAAAGAAGACAUAUUUACCAUUUCAAGACUCUAGCGUGUGGAAAUUAAAGAAGACAUAUUUACCAUUUCAAGACUCUAGCGUGUCGAAAUUAAAGAAGAAGACACAUUUAUCAUUUCAAGACUACAGCAUGUCGAAAUUAAAGAAGAAGACAUAUUUACUAUUUCUAGACUCUAGCUUGUCGAAAUUAAAGAAGACAUAUUUACCAUUUCUACACUCUAUCGUGUCAAAAUUAAAGAAGAAAACAUAUUUACUAUUUCUACACUCUAGCGUGUCGAAAUUAAAGAAAACAUAUUUACUAUUUCUAGACUCUAGCUUGUCGAAAUUAAAGAAGACAUAUUUACCAUUUCUACACUCUAUCGUGUCAAAAUUAAAGAAGAAAACAUAUUUACUAGUUCUACACUCUAGCGUGUCGAAAUUAAAGAAAACAUAUUUACUAUUUCUAGACUCUAGCGUGUGGAAAUUAAAGAAGACAUAUUUACCAUUUCAAGAUUCUAGUGUGUCGAAAUUAAAGAAGAAGACACAUUUAUCAUUUCAAGACUACAGCAUGUCGAAAUUAAAGAAGAAGACAUAUUUACUAUUUCUAGACUCUAGCUUGUCGAAAUUAAAGAAGACAUAUUUACCAUUUCUACACUCUAUCGUGUCAAAAUUAAAGAAGAAAACAUAUUUACUAUUUCUACACUCUAGCGUGUCGAAAUUAAAGAAAACAUAUUUACUAUUUCUAGACUCUAGCGUGUCGAAAUUAAAGAAGAAGACAUAUUUACAAUUUCAAGACUAUAGCAUGUUGGAAUUAAAGAAGACAUAUUUACUAUUUCUAGACUCUAGUGUGUCGAAAUUAAAGUUGAAAACAUAUUUACAAUUUCAAUACUAGAGAAUAUCGAAAUUAAAGAAGAAGACAUCUUUACCAUUGCAAGACUACAAUGUGUUGAAAUUAAGAAGAAGACAUCUUUACCAUUGCAAGACUACAAUGUGUUGAAAUUAAGAAGAAGACAUCUUUACCAUUGCAAGUCAACAAUGUGUUGAAAUUUAGAAGAAGACAUAUUUACCAUUGCAAGACUACAAUGUGUUGAAAUUAAGAAGAAGACAUAUUUACCAGUUCAAGACAACAAUGUGUUGAAAUUAAGAAGAAGACAUAUUUACCAUUGCAAGACUACAGUGUGUUGAAAUUAAAGAAGACAAAAAUUUUUACAAUUUCAAGACAAUAGCGUGUCGAAAUUUAGAAGAAGACAUCUUUACCAGUUCAAGACUACAGAGCGUUGAAAUUAAAGAAGAAGUCAUAUUUACAAUUCCAAGACAAUAGCAGGUCGAAAUUAAGAACAAGGUAUCUUUACCAGUUCAAACUACAGAGUGUUGAAAUUAAAGAAGAAGUCAUAUUUACAAUUCAAGACUAUAGCAGGUCAAUAUUGAGAAGAAGACAUCUUUACCAGUUCAAGACUAUAGCAGGUCGAAAUUAAGAAGAAGACAUCUUUACCAGUUCAAGACUAUAGCAGGUUGAAAUUAAAAAGAAGACAUCUUUACCAGUUCAAGACUUUGGCAGGUCGAAAUUAAGAAGAAGACAUCUUUGCCAGUUCAAUACUUUAGCAGGUCGUACUGUAGGCCACGGGUCUUUACCCAUUUUAUGCCGGGUGAAAGUUAUCUACGCUGUCAAGUGCUCGUUAUCUGCUGUGCUGGAAUUAUCCGCUGUAUUGUAUAAACGUUGUCUCUCACCGUCUGUGUGUGGAUGUUAUCCAUUUGUUAUGUGCAUGUUGCUGUGUUGUGGAAUUAUCCGCUGUAUUGUAUAAACGUUGUCAUCUCUCAUGUGUGGAUGGUAUCCACGUUGUUAUAUGCACGCUAGCCGCCUUGCGUGUAUGUUACCAGCUGUGUUACGUUAUCCACGUUGGGAGAACUCUAUACGACGCAAUGUCUGUAUGUAGCUAGUUGUGUUAUCCUGGCUGUUGAGUAGACGUUUUCCGCACCUUUGAUUGUAGGUUUUCUACGCUUUUCAUUGGACUUUUCCCACAGUUUUCCUUGGACGUUAUGUACUGAUGAAUGGAAGCUAUCCACAGUAUUAUGUGAACGUUAUCUACAUUGUUAUUUACGUCACUGCGUGUGUCACGCCCCUGUGUGGAAAAUAUCAGCUGUAUUGUGUAUUAGAAGUUUUAAUGUGUAGUGCGACCGUUAUCUGCGAUGUUGUGUGAUUUGUGCGAAGUUGCUCCCUUUAUAGUAAGGACGUUACCGGCAAUAAUAUGUACACGUUAUCUGCUGGAUUGUGAACGAUGUCCACACUGUUGUAUCCACUGUAUUGUGAGAACGUUAUAUGCGCCAUUGUGUAAAAGUGAUCUGUUGUAUUAUAUGAACGUUACACACGUUGAAUAUCAGUAUUUGUGAAUUCAAUGCGUCUUUUCGCCUUAAUAGUUGUGAGUAGUCGAAAUUGGCUCUAGUCUCCAAACACUUCGUACCUACGAAACAUCAUUUGUUAAAAAAUAAAAUGAAGACUGACAUAAUAUAAACACAUAUAAUAUACAUCCACUAAUAUGUUAUGCAAAAAAAGUGAGAUUACAUAACAUUUUACAGACACAGCCUUGUUAUGUUCAAAGAGAAUUGGUAAUAAUUGUUUGUUUUGUUUCUUUAUAUAUAUAUAU